AUGGCGCCGCCCACGCUCUACCAACUCGGUAUCGACCCGUACAUCCGGGCGUUUGAGACGUUUAAGGCCAUCUUCCAAAAGGCCAAGGAGCACGCUGGGGCCGAGGCCGACUCGUUUGUCACAACACGCCUAUACGCGGAUAUGUAUCCUCUCACAUACCAGAUCUGGGUAGUGUAUGCCAUGGCGGCAUCUGUCUGCCUCGAGAAGCUGCUGCUGGAGAUAGAGCGGCCUGAGGUGGGCGACCACAAGGACCUCAAGACUAUGGAUGACCUGAUCGCGUGCGCCGAUAAGGGUCUCAAGCUGAUGCGCAAGAUCAAGCCCGGCGACCUCGAGGGCGUCGAGGACAAGAUCAUCGAGUUCAGCCCACGCCCGCCAAUGGACAUAGUCGUGACCGACGCUAUGGGUUUCGCGCUUGGCUGGACAACGCCGAACCUCUACUUUCACCUCACCACCGCCUACGCUCUCCUGCGCAUGAAGGGCGUGCCACUCGGCAAGAUGGACUUCUGGAUGCCUAUGCUGGAGCCUUUUGUCCACUCUAGGCACAAGUACGCCAAGGAGGAGAAGGAGGUUAAGGAGGUCAAGAAGUGA